AUUUUAUUUCUAUUCUUCUCCAAGUCGACACCUCGUCGACAUCUUGCCAGGUCGGCAUAAUAUUCGCUACCGUCUUCGACCAACUUGCCCGUUUCUCCAUCGAACAAUACCUUCACUGGGCGCAAAACACGGGGGAGAAGGUAUCCGCGGUGCAGAUCGUCUCCCAACUCUUAAUACUCAGUCGACUCGUUAUUGGAGUAGUGUUUGUUGGAUUCAGUCGACCUCAAACCGAUUCUUUCUGCGUCGCUGCCUCUUCCAAACUUUCCGUUUCGAUCAUCGUUAUCUCCAUGGAUGCCGCCAUUCUUCUUUGUCUCAUCUCACGCGCCUUGACCCAGAACACUCAGCUCAAUACCGAAUCUCAGGACGCCAGGCGGAAGGCACUGUUUUGGGUCAUGGCUGGUCUGGCUAUUUGGAUCGCGACCAGCGUAACCUUGCACCUUGGUUUCCGUUAUGUUGCCCUGGCGGUCAGAACUGCUCUGCCUGCCAUUGGCCUGACCAUUUUAAUCACCAUUCUUACUCUCUGCUCUGGUAGCCUCGGGUCGGCUAGCAUAUUGCGAUCCAAAUCUCCUGAAGCGCUCUCUCCUCGCCGUGUCGAAAUCAGCCGCGAUAUUUCCACGUCCAAUGCCUACUUUCCCAGCGGUAACUAUCAAGAUGUCAAGGACGCUGCCAUUAGGUCCGAGACAGCAUUCAUCAACCCUAGGGAGGCACCAUCGACAAACAGCCAACCUACUCAGGGACUCCCGACUAUCUCACUGCCCAUCACUGGAGUGGUUGGCAUGGGCGGAGUUCCUAUUGAAGGACAGCUGUUUCCGCCUAUCCGAGCAAAUACCGCCCCGACGAUCGCAAGAACCAGGUCGGUUAAGGCUGCUGUUGGUCUUCAUAAAAAGGGGGCUUCGGCAGGUGGGAGGUUACAGAUCAGCAAUCCCGUUCUCCAGAACACCGGGAACAGCCCGCUCGAUAAGAUUCCCACCGUGGAUUUGCAGGAAGCGAUGAGGGCAGAGCGGGAGCGAAGGGAGAAGUUGCUCAGGCAAACGAGCCAGGCCAAAAGGGAGAUGAAUACGCAGCCGUCGGUAAUGGAUCCCAGGGAGCAGAUCAACAGAGGUGCGAGCUUGAAGAGAAAGGAGGUUGGGUCACCAAUUUUGUCCGACUCUUCUCUUCGUCCGGAAAAUAUGGGGAAGACUUCUUCGACAGAACUGUCGCCAGGAAUGAGUGGAAUCAGACAACGAUCGCCGCGCCAGUCGCCAGAACCAUCAGAGGCCUCGAGACAGUCCACUUCCCCAUCUCGAUCCGUGUCCCCUCCCAAGGAGGACUUCGAACAAGCACUACCGAAUCUCGAUAUCCGUCCUUCGAGACAAUUGCCUCCCUCGCCUCCCACGCCGCCACAGGAAAGGCCCUUGACCAUGCUUCAAAGGCGACCCACUACUGGCUUGCCAUCAAACCCCAAAGCUCGAGCGUUGAAGCUCGAACAGGAUGCACCCGGCGCAGAACGUCAGCAGACUGUUCUUUUCCUCAACAAUGUCAUCUUUGACGACCCCGCCUUUGCACAUGACAUUCUGCUGGGUUCUGAUGAUAUGACCGUCAACAAACCUCGAUCUCCCGGGACCCCUGAAUCGGUCGUGCACCGCCCUCGGCCCAUUCCGAGAAAGGUGGCUGAUCCUAAUCCUUUUGCCAUUCCGGGUGCCGGGCAUAGGAGGAGCAAAUCUAGCGGCUCGUUGAUGAAGAAGUCCAUAUAUAUGUCCGAAGAUGUGCCGCUGCCCCUCGCACCUCUGAAGAGUGCAGGUGCAGGGACUCGCCCGCAGCCGAAUCGGACGAGGAGCAUGACGGUCACCGAGAAAAUUGAGCGCAUGUACCCUGGUGAGAUGCAAAGUAAAAUGCCACCAGUUCCAGAGGUUCCUGCUGUUGCCAGUUCCUACCUUCAAUCUCCCUCUUCCGUGGAUUCCGACGAGGUGCGACAACUCAGCCAAUCAAGGAAAAAUUCCACGGCCAAGACCGCGAGUAGUACUACCGUCGUCGAGGAACCGACAAGGGCUACCGAAAGCAAGUACGAGACAGAUACAGCGGCGAAGCGGGCAUCAUCCCCAGUUAUUCCUGUUAACCCACCACAAGAGUUGAUGAAUGAUGAGGGUUUGUUAUCACCAGAGGCCGAUACACCCUUGAGCUCCGUCCGCUAUACUCAAGUCAGUGUUGGCCUUGCUGUAGCUCAACCUAUGCCUCGGCCGGUGGUAAAUCCCGUGCUUGAGGAGAGCGAAACCAGGAUUCAACCUGAGGAAGAACAGAAGCGCCCAGAAAUCAAUACUGCGGUCGAGAACAAACCUGCACCUAAGCAAAGCUCUCCAGUGCAAGCCUGGCGGGUCGGUGACAAGUGUCCCGUGUUCUCUGACAGAAAGUCAAGAAUCAGGAUGCCACCUCCUUCGCCUCUGCCGUUGAACGGUCCACGCAGGAACAAGGUCAUGGUUCAAGCCGAGCCUUCGCCCCUUGAGUCCCCAGAACACGCCUUCCGCCAAAUUCAGGAACAGCUUAAAAAGUUCGAAGAGCCCGUGACCGAGGCUUAUUCGAAGGACCACACUGAGCGACUCGCCUUACUUGAGGAUUUGGAGAAGGAGAUGGGUAUCCACGAGAAUCACUGGCAGGAAUUGAAACAUGAUAUGGGUCGUGAUUCGUUGAGCAGCAUGCAGACCAACUCUCCAGCUAACAGGAACUCAAGAACCGAUUCAACUAUUGGCAGCAUCGUAAUCGGCCGCGGCUCGACUGUUGGAGUCAUGGCUGCUGAGCGCAGAGCUUCUCGUCAGACCAUGUUGCGUAACAGUGGCAGCUACAAUCCCAACAGGCUCUCGAGAGAUGCUGUCAAAUCACACAUGAGCAUCUGGCAGAAGCGAAUGACGGAGGCGCAUAUCGACUAUAUGGAGACGGCCGCAGAGAGACUUCGUCAACCUAGCGACAACUUCUUGCCUUUGCCGAUGCCUAAUGUCCAGCUUGGUAGCCCCACUCCUCCUGAUUCUGAUGCCUCUGAUGAUGAAGCUUCGGUUCUGUCAGCGCAGCUGGAUGCUGUAUCGAAUUGGCUGUCCAAGAAGGCGGUCAAGACUACGUCUCUGUGGGCUCCUGGAUCGAGGCAGUCUACUGUCGCUGCAAACCUUUUAUGGACGCCCGUGCCCAAGGCUUCACCUACAUCCACGGUCGCGUCUCUGGAGGUUGAGACCUUUGUUCGGCCCGCAGCUCGUAAGGACCUGCCACCCCUUGAAAUCACCAGCACGCAGUUGUGGUCCAAGCCAGCGGUGAAUGUGAACAAGGUCCCUUCACUCUGGGCGCCUCCUGCACCUGUAGAGAUUCCAGAGUCAAAUGCACUGUGGGUGCACAUUCCCAAGGUUGCCGAACAGUGCAUGAUGCCCCUACCAGAGGCCGAUGCAUUUGUCCGUCCUGCGACGCGGAAGGUUCUGGCUCCUCUUGAGAUCACGAGCACUCAGCUGUGGGCGAAGGCUGAACCUGAAGAGAGGCCUUCACUCUGGACCCCGCCACCCAAGGCUUCAACCGACAAGACGCACCUUUUGUGGUCGCCCCCUCUCAAGGUUCUCGAGGCCCCUUCACUGGCACUUGAUUUGCCCUAUAUAUUUACCCGCCCUGCGGCUCGAAAAGAUCUUUCUCCCCUCCAAAUCUCUUCCAAGCACCUCUGGCGAAAACCAUACACCAGCACCAAGGACACCACCGGGCUUUGGCGACCUUCCUGGGCUUCCGUCGCCCCUCCUGCUGACUUCAAGCGUCUCUCUUUGCAAGAAACUCCCCAACCCCGACCUCAAAAGGCUCCGCGACCCGUAACCCAACGACCUCCUCGUCGCAACAAGCGUGUCAGCGCUCUUCCCGACAUCCUCGAAAACCCCGAGCCUCUCCCUGACAAGCGCGGCACUCUUGGUAUCUUCCAGUUCCCCUGGGGUGAAAAGUCCGACACUGCGACCAUCCCUCUACCGCGUCCAUUCGGUCGCUCCAUGCCCGGCACCAUGAGCUCCGGCAUCCCUCCCUUCAGGGCGUCGUACACUCCCGACUACUCGACGUCUUUCUUCGACGAAUAUGACGAGGAAGACCCCGAGUCCGACUACGAGCGCCAGGAAAGCGACGAUGAAGAUGACGACUUUGACGAAACGACUCUUUGGGAAAUCGCCAGCCUCCUGAACUCGGACGCUAUCCCCUCAAGGAACAGCCUCUUCCUUUCGGCCACUCCUGUUUACAACGUCGAUGAGUACUACGGCGGCGGCGGCAGCAGCAGCCAUCAAGAGACAACUGCCUCUGCGUCGGCUACCGACAUUGACGAUGAUGAUGACGAUGCUUCCAGCGAGCACUCAAUCCUGAUCGGCCUCGCCGAGGAUCCCCAGGGUGACAAAGAACAUGUUGCUGAGCGAUAUGACGACCAAGGAUUUUUGAUGCACGACAUUUUCCUCCAUUCCACUCCUUCAAUCCUGGCGCAGGGAGCCCAGGACGUCGUGGCUACUCGCACCGCAUUGAUCGAUGACUCGGCGCCCGCAUCGGCUCCGCCCCGAGUGGAGACUAGCGAGAACCAAACCGUGGAGCCGCGCCUGCAAAUCUCGACCGGCCUAUGGAGCCGCCCUGAAUCAUCCGAAACUAAGACUUUAUCUUCACCUCACUCGGCAGCAACAAACGGUCUCUUUGUCCCGGGCCCUAAGUCGACAUUCGACACCCGCACCACCGAGCAGGAGCCGGCCGCUAUCAACAUGCACCGCACACCCCGGACUUUGGCUGCCGAAUCAUGGAGGCCGUUGGACAGGCUCAUGUCCGAUAGCCUCUGGACGCCCGAAGCCGCAGCCGCUAAAGGCGUUAGUAGGCAGUUGUACCAACACUGGAUCACUCUGAGCUUGGCCGCUAAGGCUGAGCUCGAUAAGCCCGAGACUGCUCCUUUAGCCGCUCGUCUGCCUCGCCUUCAGGCUACCCCCGAAGAGUGGGAGGCCGCUCUGAAGGAGGCUAUCAUCGCCAGUGGUUACCCCAUCAACGUCAAGUGCCGCACUGAGACCGGCCGCAUCACCGCCACCCCUGCCGACUGGGCAGCUGCCCUUGAGGAGGCCAUCCAGGCUUCCAUCAUCAAGCCUGUCGCCCCUGUCUUCAACUCGGCCGUCCGUCACCCCGUCUUUGCCGGCUCUUCCCUCAUCACCACCUCUGAGUGGUUCCACCCCGCCGCCAUUGGCUACACCUACGAUGUCGCCCGUGUCCAUCCCGUCUUCUUUGGCUCUCUCGCCAUCACCUGCCCCGAAGAGUCCGUCCACCCGGCCAUGUCCGCCUACGCUCACAAGAAGCUUCGUCGUCAUCAGCGCUCGGGCUCGUCUGCUUCCAGGUCGCACUCCCGCAAGAACAGCCGCAGCCACUCCAGCAGCAGCGGCAAGAAGCGCAGGGAGUCUAUUCUUGCUCAGAUCCAUGCCAUCGAGGCGGAGAUGGGUUUGAGUUCUGAAAAAUCUGCCGUCGUGCCUAACGUUCCGGAGGUCCCGUCACUCGACGAGAUCAAAGCCUCUCGCAAGGCCAAGAUCCAAGCCCAGAUCGAGGCUCUCGAGCAAGAGAAGCUGUUCGCUGCCCAAGUCGCCCAGGAGAGUUCCGCGACUAGGCGCCGCGGUAGCUCCAGCGUGUCUCAUGCCACCACAGCCAGCGGCACCACCGUCAACUCGGAAGACGACGGUCCCGCUUCCAUGGACUCCUUCCGUCCCUCCACUGCCACUAGCGUUGACUUGGAGCAUGAUCAGGAGGAAGAGAAGCCUGUCAACCCCGACUUCAACAAGCAAAACAUCCUCUGGACUGCCCCCUCUCCCCUUCCCCAACCUACCCCCAGCCCCGUCCCCACCCUCUGGACUCCCCUCGCCUCCCCUGCUUCCUUCUCGUCGUACGAGGAAGCUUUGCCCAGCCCUAAGCUCCUUUGGCAACCCAAGCCCGGCAAACCCGAAAUCAUCGCUAAGACCGAUGAGGAUCGCGAGGCGCAUGAGCGCAGGGCGAUGGGACGCAAGGGUCUGUUGACGCAACAGAGGAAGACGGAGGUUUUGGAACAGUUUUCUAGUGUCAAGGGACUUUGGGAGAAGUCUGAGGUGGUGGUCAAGGCUGAGAGGGACUGGUCGGCCACGUACGUGAGUGCUGAGCUGUCAUCACCUUAGUGCUGUGAUGGCUGUGAUGGCUGCGUGAUGACUGUGGAAUGAUUGGCUGGCUUUGUUUGAUGAUUUGGUGUUGACACCGGAUUUCGGUUGUGGGAUUUAAUGGAAAAAGGACAGGAGGAAAGCAAAAUAUGGCAGGGAAUGGAAGGAAAGGAAAGGGAAAAGCAAGGGAAUAUGGUAAACAACAGGAAGGGUGUUUUAAGGAAGGGAGUAUGGACUGGAAUUCGCGAGUAUGGGAAUGUUUUCGGUCGGUUUGCGUCUUCAGACCAGUGACCAGGUGGAAGAAGGAACGAAAAGGAAGAAAUACCUGUGGGUUCGGGCUCCAGUUCAGUUGAUGUAUCGUACCCAGGUUAAGCUACUUACCGUACGACUUCGGUGAGAAGCGCAGUAGUCAAAAGAUGAUAUGUAUGUCA